UGUGGGCUCGGACACUGCCCAAUCAGGAGCACCAGGGGCGGGUCUCGAAAAGCUGUCCAACCAAAGGCCCCGGGAGGAGGGGUACCCGGAGCAUCACCCAAUAAGGGUGCAGCGCCCCAGAGGGCCGCGCAAUCAUAUCGCGGGAUCUCAGAGCUUCGGCCAGUUAGGGCCGGAGGCGGGUGCGCUCCCGCUGCGUGGCCGUUUCUCUGGGCCGCAGCGUCUGCUGUGAGCGCCCAGCCCGUGCGGACCUAGGUGAGCCGUCCGCCCCUCUCACCUGCCGGGACACCAGGGCCUCCGGGAGGGCCCGGAGCGGGGCCGCGAGAUGAUGAUGAGACUCAAUUUAAGGCCACUGAGUCAGUUUCCCUGCAGGAUAUUUAUGGGAAUAAUAUAUCCAAGGAACAUAAAACAGCAAAGUUCACCAAAAACAAUUUCUGGGCCUCUGUUUUAGGAAAAAAUUGGGAAGAACUUAGCAUUGAAGAUCUCCACAAAGACCAUGGGAGACACCUCAGGUGAGUUGCACUCGUAAGGGAAAGCAGUAUUCCAGAGAAAAUCGAAGUCGUGAAAUUUAAAAAGCAAAAAAAACAAAAAAACCCAUAGAAGCCUAGACCACAUUUGUUUAUUCACAGAUUUCCCCUCCCCCCAAAAAAACUUAAAUGUAAAUGUUGAGUGUUAGAAACAUAUUUCAAUUGAAAAUAAUUAUAAGGAAAGCUCCUGUUUGAGAAACCCUCUUCUAAUAAUGGCUGUGAUCAUGGCUUCUUCGGUGGCAUUCCAUUUAUUGGACUUUAAACCAAGUCAGAUAAGGUAGAAAACCUACACAUUCUCUGAAAUUGGUGAAAAUGUAAUCCUAAUCCUAAUAAAUAUUAAAUCGUUAAUCAAACCUUUGAUAACAUGCUUCUGGUUUUUGACAGAAAUCACGUGGUGGAGAGACUCUAUAAAAGUAAUGGUCCAUGUGGGGAGGGCUCUAGUCAGAUUCCCAAUCUCAGCCUGUACCAGAAAACUUUGACUGGAGUAAAACAGCACGAGCACAGUGCAUUUGGCACUCGACACAGACUAUGCCAGUGUCAGCAGUGCCGGCAGGCCUACAGUCGUCGUCCACACCCAAGAGCACAUGUGAGAACCCACAAUGGAGAGAGACCCUACGUGUGUAAAUUAUGUGGGAAAACCUUUCCUCGUACUUCUUCCCUCAACCGGCAUGUAAGAAUUCACACGGCUGAGAAAACCUACAGGUGUCAGCAGUGUGGGAAAGCCUUCAUUGAUUUCUCCAGUCUCAGCAGCCAUAUGAGAACUCACACAGGCGAGAAGCCCUACAAAUGCAAGGAGUGUGGGAAGGCCUUCAGUUACUCCUCCACAUUCAGAAGGCACACAGUCACUCACACUGGGGAGAAGCCCUACAAAUGCAAGGAGUGUGGGGAGGCCUUCAGUUACUCCUCCACAUUCCGGCGACAUGUGAUAUCACACACCGGGGAGACACCCCAUAAAUGUAAGGAAUGUGGGGAAGCCUUCAGUUACUCCUCAGCUUUUCUAAGGCACAUGAUCACACACACUGGGGAGAAGCCCUAUGAGUGUAAACAGUGUGGGAAAACCUUCAUUUAUCUCCAGUCCUUUCGAAGGCAUGAAAGGAUUCACACUGGGGAGAAGCCCUAUGAAUGUAGCCACUGUGGGAAAGCCUUCAUUUAUCCCCAGUCCUUUCGAAGGCAUGAAAGGAUUCACACUGGGGAGAAGCCCUAUGAAUGUAGCCACUGUGGGAAGGCUUUCGGCCACCCCUCAUCCUUCCAAGGACACCUGCGUUUGCACACUGGGGAGAAACCCUACAAGUGCCACCAAUGCGGGAGGACCUUCAACUGGCCCAUAUCCUUACGAAAACACAUGCGUACCCACACCAGAGAGAAGCCCUAUGAGUGCAAGCAGUGUGGGAAGGCCUUCAACUUGUCGGCUUGCUUUCGAGACCACGUGAGGAUGCAUCCCGGAGAUGAAGCAUUUGAAUGCAAGCUGUGUGGAAAAGCUUUCUAUUGCCACACAUACUUACAAAAACACAUGAGAAGGCACACUGCAGAGAAGCUCUAUGAGUGCAAGCAAUGUGGGAAAGCCUUCAGCUGGCCUGAACUUUUGCAGCAGCACGUGUGGACACACACCACAGGGAAGCUCUGUGAAUGCAAGGAAUGUGGGAAAGUCUUCAAGUGGCCCUCAUCCUUGCCGAUUCACAUGAGGAUUCAUACGGGAGAGAAACCCUAUGAGUGCAAGCAGUGCGGGAAGGCCUUCAGAUUUUCCUCCUCCUCAAGAAGACACAUGAGAACACACACUACAGAAAAACACAGCCCGUGUCAUCCAGGAAAUGCUGCUUCUGGUGAAUUCAUGCCCAGUGCCCCAGAAAGUUCACAUCAGGAGAGAAAUCUUAGAAAAGUCAUAAAUGUAUCACCUGUAUUCGUUGCUCAUCAUUAAAGUAGACCCAUAGGAAGUGUAUUUCCUGUUCUUUUGCACAUAAACAGGUAAAAACUCCAAGUACUCUUAGUGAGGCUAAAUUUGGCAGGUAGUGUUCUCUACAUUUCAAUAAAUAAAACGUUUAUCUUUACAGUU